CUAUGCACAUGUUCCAGAAAAGCACCCUUCAGAUACUCCUUGUUUGGCUAUAUCUAUCAUUCUUGUUUAACUAAUCUAACCCUUUCAUUACCACACACCUUAUUACAUUAAUCACCAACUCUAAACCAAAUCUCACUCUCUCCUCCCCUUUAUCACCUAAAAAUCAUGCUCCCAUCUCUCAUUUUAUACAAGCUCUUCUUACAUAAGCUCAAUUAAACCACUCCUUUUGAUUAACCAUUUGUCAGAAAGUCAAACUGUAUUAUAUUUAUACAACAUCACUAUCUUUCUGUGCAUACUAUUAUAUAUAACCAUACGGCAUGAACUGUCAGUCUGUCACUCAAAAAUGUACUACUCAUUUUUUUAAUUUAUUUAUGUAUGUUGGUUAGUAUUUAAAUCUUAAAACCAUGGCUCUCCCUUGUUCUUGCUAUCUUCCUACUAAUAAUAUUUGUUUAAGAAGCUGCAAAUCUUAUUAAUUGCUUAUUAGUUAGCCAUUAAUCUUUGUUAGGCAGUUACAUAUGUGCUUUAAUAGAUGAGAGGACAAACGGGGAUUCAUAAAUUUAUAUUCCAGGGGCGCAGAAGCGGUCUUUUAUAAUCUUCAACGCCUCCGAUUUCUUCUACACAAGGCAAGGCAUAAUAAUAAACCCUUCUCUAGUUUCUCUCUGUGUCUGAAAUUUUAUGUUGUACUUUUAGUGUCAGUUUGAGUUUGAGAUAUUUAGGAUCUUUAUAAGUGAAAACCGAAAGGUGUGUUUUAUUGUUUUCUUGGAAAGAUGAGAAACAUAGCAACUUGUUAUAGUGAACAUGCGAUCAAGGUUUCAGAUUCGUAUUGUUCUGGACCAUCAAAUCAGCCUAUCUUUUCGCCAAAUUUGAUCCCUUCGGUACAAGAUGCGGUUACGUGUAUGUACAGAGUUAAGCUCUGUUCAGAGGACCAGCUCUUGAUCACGGUUACAUGGUGCAGCAGCCUCAUGGACCAGGGGUUCACGAUGACUCUCAUCGAGGACCCGUCGUGUCCGUUUAAAUUUAGUACGAGACGGUUGUAUUUGCAUAAGAUCAAAGGCACAAAAAGCUUGGAAUCAGCCAAUUCUAAGGUUGAAGUCUUUUGGGAUCUUUCUUCUGCUAAGUAUGAUAAUGGCUUGGAGCCGGUCAGGGGGUUUUAUAUUGCGGUUCUUGUUAACUUUGAGCUGAGUUUACUUCUUGGAGACAUGGAGGAAGAGCCAGAAGUGAGGAAACUCAUGUGCAAAGUGCCUGUUUCCAAGUUUUCAUUAGUAUCACGAAGCGAACAUUUCUCAGGCGGUGCAGUGUAUUCAACCAAGGCUCAAUUCUUCGAUACUGGGACGAGUCAUGACAUUUUGAUCAAGUGCCUUGUGCAAGAAAAGGGAGAGAAAAAUUCAGUACUCUCUGUUUGCAUCGAUAAUAAAAAUGUGGUUCAGGUAAAAAGAUUAAGAUGGAAUUUUCGUGGUAAUCAAAUCAUAUUUAUCGAUGGUUGUUUAGUAGAUAUGAUGUGGGAUGUUCAUGAUUGGUUCUUCAAUCCCAAAUCUGGGUAUGCGAUAUUCAUGUUUAGGCCGAGGAGUGGAUUGGAUAGCAGGUUGUGGUUGGAAGAGAAAAAGCUGGAGCAGAAUGAACAUGAAAAACCUGGCUUCUCCUUAGUCAUAUCUGCCUGUAAGAAUCCUGACUAGAGUCUUUCUUUUGUCUUCUGGCUCUUGGUUUAUUUUCUUCUGUUCUUCCUUAUUUUGUUUGGGAUUUUUUUAUAUAAAUUAUUAGUGAAAACAUAGGAUAUCAGUAUAUGGUUUUGUUUUAUGACCAUGUAAUGAGUUUUAUAUGAAGCAAAUUACAUUGUACAUAUAUAUUCUGCAGUGGAACCUCUAUCAGUAUGUCUUUUUUUUCAUUUGUUUUUUAUAAUAACAAUGUCAUUUCUCCGUA